AUGAUUUAUUUAUUAAAUUUAAUAGAAAAACUUACAUACAUUUCAUUCAAUGUUUAUAUUUCUAUUAAUUAUUGUGUAAUUACUAAUGCAACAGAAAGUAUUGUAAAUAAAGAAGAAAGAAAUAGAGAAGUAAUUCACACACAUAAAUAUGCAAACCAACUUAAAAGAAUCUACAAUUUAUAUAAAACACAUUUAAAAAGUGAGGAGCCAGAAAAGGUAACAUCAACAGUACCACAACCAGCAAGUCCAAAAGCUCCUGAAGCAGCAGAAUCUCCUUCAGUAGCACAAGUACCAAAAGAAAAUUCAGUAUCAACAGAAGGCAAAGAAUCAGCAGCUGGAAAUACAGACGCAUCACAAAAGGAACAAGCAACUGAAGGAACACAACAAACUCACACAACAGAUACACAACCAACAGCAACACAACAAGGUGCAAACACACAACAAGCACAAUCAGCAGGAGCUUCCCCAACAGAACAAACUUCAACAGAUACAACAAAACAGCAACAAGCACAAUCAUCACCAGGAACAACAACAAAUACACCAACAGGACAAGAACAACCAGCAGUCAAACCACAACAACCUGAAACAACAAACAAUGACCCAAAACCACAACCAUCACAAAAUCCACAAAAAGAAACACAACCAUCAAAACAAGAAGAACAAGGAGAAAAACCUAAACCAGAAAUAAAAGAACCAGAAAAACAGAAAGAACAAAAAGAUACUGACCAAAAAAGUAGCAAAGAUGAAAAACCACAACCACCAAAAAAUAACGAGAAUAAUGAACCAAACAAAGAAGAUGGAAAGAAUAAUCAACAAAAACCAGAAGAUGGAAAUAAAGUAACAGACAACAAAGCAACAAGUAGUUCUGACAGUUCAUCAGAAAGCAAAACAGAUGACAGUUUUGAUAGUCAUAAAAACCUUAAUGGUACUUCAUGUAUAUUUGUUAUUCUUUCUGUUGUUGUCACGUUUUUAUUCUUCUAAUUGAUGACUUUUUUAAU